CCUACAUGGAAAUAUACUUCAUUAGUUGAUGAAGGGAAUGCCAAUAAACAUAAGUGCAUAUUUUGUAACAAGAUCACAAAUGACGGCAUAUCCCGACAAAAAAGAGCAUCUAAUCGGGACGGAUAGAAAACGCAAAAAUGUGAGUCUUUGUCAAAAAGUCCCUCCCGAUGUGGUUGAAGAGCUAAAAGAUUAUGAAGAAAGACAAAAGAUGGCUAAAAGACAACAAGCUAUAGAUGAAUAUCUCCCCGAACUUGGAGAUGAGAACAUGGUGGAAAUUGAUGAUGAGGAGGAUGAAGAUGAACAAGUACAAGAACAUAGAGAUAGAGGAAAAGGCUCGGCGGUUCCUAGGUCAUCUUCAGUAACGGCAAGAGGAAGAGGGAGUGUUGGCAUGCACAGUGCGGGAUCUUCCACAGGCCCAAAGAGGAAGGGGCCGAUGGAUGCAUUUCUUACAUUCGAUCCCGCUCUUGAGGUCGCCAAGGAUGAAAGAAGGCGCAAGUUGAGACAAUCGUGUAUUGAAGAAAGCCUCAACAAAGAUGCAGUGGCUAAAGUGCAUCAAGACAUAUCUCGGUGGUGGUAUCAAGCCAACAUUCCCUUUAAUGCCGCUCGUCUUAGAUCUUUCAAAAUCAUGUUAAAGUCCGUGGGGGCUUUUGGGCCUAACUUGCCUCCUCCGACAUUACACCAUUUGAGAGAGCCUUUGCUUAGGAAGGAGAAAAAAUACACUGAUGAUCUGAUACAACCUCAUAAAGAGGUGUGGGCUACGAAAGGUUGUUCUUUCAUGUCAGAUGGUUGGAGUGACAGAAAGGGGAGAACAUUGAUCAAUUUUCUUGUGAACUCUCCUCGUGGUACGGUGUUUCUUUCAUCUAUUGAUGCGUCUGAUGAGAUCAAGACGGGUGACAGAAUGUUUGAGAUACUUAGUGAGCAGAUUAAGCUCAUAGGACCUCAGAAUGUUGUUCAGAUCGUCACGAAUAACCAUUCUAGUCUCAAAUAUGCAGGAGCGGAAUUGGAAAAAGAGUAUCCUCAUUUAUAUUGGACUCCUUGUGCUGCUCAUUGUAUUAAUCUCAUGCUCAAGGAUAUUGGUAAACUACCAUCUGUGAAGCUAACCUUGAGUCGAGCUAUGGAGUUGACUGGAUUCAUCUACUCACAUGCGUGGGUUUUGAAGCUGAUGAGAGGUCAAACUAAUGGCAGAGAGCUUCUUAGACCAGCGGUGACACGAUUUGCCACAUCAUUUAUGACUUUGUCAAGCAUCCAUCGACAGAAAAAUAACCUCAGAAAGAUGUUUAAUUUGGAGACAUGGAGGCAAAGUAAGUGGGCAAGAGAUUCAAAGGGCAAAUCAGCUGAAAGGAUAGUCCAUAUGCCAUCUUUCUGGAAUAACAUUGUUCGUAUUCUCAAGCUGACGGCUCCUCUUGUUGGUGUUCUGAAACUUGUUGAUGGUGACAAAAAGCCUGCUAUGGGAUACAUUUAUGAGGCGAUGGAUAGAGCUAAGGAGACUAUUGCUAAAACCUUUGGUGAUGAUCUUUCAAAAUAUUCUGAAGUAUUUGAUAUCAUUGAUAAGAGGUGGCAGGAUCAGCUUCAUCGGCCUUUGCAUGCUGCAGGAUAUUACCUUAAUCCUGCAUUUUUCUAUGACCAUCCAAACAUCCAAGGGGAUGACGAAGUGAUGAGAGGUCUUUAUCAAGUCAUUGAGAAGAUGGUGCCCACACAAGACCAAGACAAGGUUGAUAGGCAGUUGGAUAUAUACAGGCAUGCUGGGGGUCUUUUUGGUAUGGAGAUAGCUAAGAGAAAUAGAAAGAAGAAGUCUCCAGCUGAUUGGUGGGAGUCUUAUGGUGCAUCAGCACCAGAGUUGCAGAAGCUUGCUGUUAGAGUCCUCAGCCUUACUUGUAGCUCCUCCGGCUGUGAAAGAAAUUGGAGUACUUUUGAGCAAAUACACACCAAGAAGAGGAAUAAAUUGGAUCAUAAGAGGCUACAAGAUCUAGUUUACUGCAAGUACAACCAAGCUUUAAAGGAGAGAUAUGACUGCAGAGAUUCUAUUGAUCCGAUUAAGUUGGCUGAUAUAGAUGAAAGCAAUGAAUGGUUGUUAGGGCAGUUCGGUGAAGGUGAGAAUGCAGAGAAUGACUUAGUGGAGGGCGAGGACAAUCUUACAUAUGGUGUCAUAGGAGAUGCGAUGGGAGCUGAAGAAGAUGAUUCUAUGUAUCUAAGAUCGACUAAUAGGUUUCGAGGGUCUUCGAGUGGUAUUGGUUCUUCGUCGAGGAGGAGGGAGCCAGUUUCUGAGUCAGAAGAUGAAGAGGAGUUUAAUGAUGAGGAGGAGACUGAAGAUGAGGAUAUACCCUUAGAAGGGGAUGAUGAUGAUGUUAAUGAGGAUGAUUAGAAUCAUUAGGCUAUUAUUUUGCUACUUAUUUACUUUGUUUAAUUAGAUUGCUUGUUUUGCUUUGAUGUUAGUGAACUUUGGAAGUGUUCUAGUUGCUUAGUUUUUUUGUUUUGAUGGACAUCUUGAUUUGCUUUAAUGAUUAAAACUUUAUCUUGUGAUCCGGUAGUAUAUAUUUUAUCUUGAGUCCUUGACAUUUUCAUGUGAAAUUUCACAAAUAUUUAUUUUUUUCAUGCAUCUUGUAUAGUUGUAUAUCUUCAAAAAUUUUAUGGUCUAGAGUGCGCCUCGCUUCGCUCGGGCGCGCGCAUCGCAUUGCGCCUUGCGCAUGUACGCGUAAACUGACUUUGCGCCCCGCAUUGCGCCUCGCGCAUUGAAAACACUGCUCUAUGUCAAUCCUAAGAAAUGUACUUUUCUUACACACCAAGUUAUUUUUCUAGGAUUUGUGGUCUCCUCUGAAGGAAUAUCCGCUGAUCCUGAGAAAGUUAGAGCUAUCAAAGAAUGGCUCGAACCCAAGAACAUCAGAGAUGUUCGAAGCUUUCACGGACUCGCUAUAUUUUAUCGUCGGUUAAUCAAAAGUUUCAGCACCAUCAUGGCCCCUAUUACCGAUUGCUUGGAGAAAUGUGAGUUCGAGUGGUCAAGAGCUGCUACCAAGGCAUUUGUAGAGAUCAAGCAAAGAAUGUCGUAGGCACCUGUUAUGCGCAUGCCUGAUUUUUCUAAGGUCUUCGAAAUUACGUGCGAUACCUCUGGUAUUUGUAUAGGUGGAGUUCUAUCUCAAGAAGGACAUCUUGUAGCUUACUUUAGUGAGAAGCUGAAUGAUACAAGGCAACGUUAUUCCACCUAUGAUAAAGAAUUUUAUGCGGUGAUACAAUCUCUUCGUCACUGGCGUAAUUAUCUGCUACCGAAAAAAU